AUGUCUACCAACGAAAAAGUUUAUAUAACUGGCAAAACUAUUCAUAAGGAAUUGGAAAAGAUAAGUGUAAUAGGAAAACGGAACGAGAUAGUUGAUAAAUUGGUGGAUAGCUAUAAGCUCCUGCGACAUUUCCAAGUGAUAGAUGCUAGCAAGUGCUCCCAUGAAGAUUUGUUAACAUUCCACAGCUCUGAUUAUGUCGAUUGUCUAAAACGAUACAAUGAUGCUGAUCAAGACUGUGAAAUCCCCGAAGAGCUGCAGGAGUAUGGCAUUGCAUACGAUUGUCCUCUUAUUGAAAACAUAUUUGACUUUAUGCGAACGAUAGCUGGAACUAGUUUAGCAGCUGCAAAUUCGAUUUUAGAUGGGGCACGCUUAGCAAUAAAUUGGCAUGGCGGUUGGCAUCACGCUGAGAGAAGCAGUGCAUCUGGGUUUUGUUACGUAAAUGAUAUCGUGAUUGCAAUUCAGCGUCUAAGAACUAAGUUCCAAAAAAUAUUGUAUAUUGAUUUGGAUAUACAUCAUGGUGACGGUGUUGAAAGUGCAUUUUGUUUUAGUGAGUAUAUCAUGACGGUUUCUUUUCAUCAACAUGAACCAGGUUUCUUUCCUGGAACGGGUUUGGUAUCGGAUAUAGGAUACGGCAAAGGCAAAGGAUAUACUGUGAAUGCUCCGUAUUCUAGGAAUAUUUCCGGCUCAAUGUAUCAGUUUUAUUUUAACAAAAUAGCUUCUUUAGCAUACGAUGCAUUUCAACCGCAUGCAUGUGUUGUACAAUGUGGAGGAGAUGUUAUUGCUGGUGACCGUCUAGGUGGAGCCAAUUUGUUGCCGGAUGAUGGAAAAAAAUGUGUUAGAACUAUCAUGAACUGGAAAAUUCCUGCAAUGUUCUUGGGAGGAGGUGGAUAUAACGCUGUCAAUACGGCAAAAUAUUGGACUGAAUUAACGGCUGUAAUUUGUAAUGAGAAGCUCGAUAAUGACAUUCCAGACAACGAUUUUUUCUUGAACUACGGACCAGACUUUGUUCUAAAUAUAUAUCCAACACAAGCAGUUGACAGAAACAACGUUCAUGAAUUGUCUAAAAAUAUAUCAAUCAUAAAAGGAAACUUGGACAGGUAUGUUACCUCCGCAGCAAACAAAAAGUGAGAGAAAAUUGAAGCUAAGACGCAACUCAAAAGAUAAUUAUUAAGACU